AUGCCUUCAUACUACAAGUUCUUGAAAGACAUUCUCACCAACAAGAGAAAGCUCAAUGAUGAGCAUAUCACUCUCCCCUAUCAAGUGAGUGCACUUGUUCAACAUAAGAUGCCCAAGAAGCAAAAGGAUCCGGGAAGUUUUACCUUGCCGGUUAAGAUUGGGAACAUGGAAGCUAGGGGUGCCUUAGUCGAUCUUGGAGCAUGUGUUAGUUUGAUCCCUCUAUCCAUUGCUCAAAAGCUUAAUAUUGAGAUGAUCCCCAAAAGGAAAACCAUUCAAUUAGCCGACCGUUCGGUAAAGCUACCUUGCGGUGAGCUUGAAGAUUUCCCUAUUCAAGUUGGGCAUAUCUAUGUGCCUUGUGAUUUUGUAGUGAUGGAUAUGGAGGAAGAUGUGGAUACUGCCUUGAUUUUGGGCCGUGAAGCUCUUAAGACCUUGGGGGCGGUAACAUGUGAGAAUUGGAUCGGUUGGGAAGGGUUGUGA